AUGACUGUUGAUGUUGUUGAAUUGCAUUUGAAUCGAAAUGUGAGUUUCUUUAUGGGCGGGAAGAUCAGUCUCAAACUAUUUUUUGAUUUCACAAUUUCCAAAAAAAAUUUUAGACUACACUUUUGAGAGCUUCCAAACCACGAGGUCCAAAAAAGCGUACUUCAUUUUCUCGAAUUUUUAUUUUAUGAGCCAUUUGAGCCAGACUAAUUGAAAAGUUUAGAUUUUGAAGUUAGAUACUUUCCUUUUCUCUUUUUUUUCGAUCAGACCAUUUUUUUGAGUAGGCGUUCCAAAUUUUGCUAAUUUUCUAGUUGUUUUUUUUUGCGAAAAAAAUGAGCAAAGUUCGAACUUUUUUUUUGAUAGAUAGAAAGUAUUCCCAAAAUGACGUGAAAUCUUUCAACCAAAUCCGACCACUCCCGGAUAUUUUUAGAAGAUUUCCGCUAAGUGUGUUUUUCUCCCCGCCCACCUAGCGUCUUCUUCUUCUUCUACUUCACAAAAUUCAAUUUAUGUAUCUCUUAAGGUAUUAUGCAACACGAAAAUACCACUUUUUUGUUUUUCUGUCGGUUUCGAAAUUUUUCCAGCCAAAACAGAGUUUUUGAUUGACGUUUUUUUUUGCAAUUGCUGAUAAAAUUGGUUUUUGGGGGUUUGACCAUUUCCUGGUUAGAUAAGAAGUCGUUGAAGAGAAAUUGUGAACAAUGAUUUGUGAAAUGCUUCGAGUGUUGUAGCGAAUAUUUUGGAGCAAGAAUUUUGGGGAACUCUGGAAUCGACCACGAAAAAAUAAGCUUGAUCCAAUUCCAGAUUAAGGCCCAUCUUCAUUUAAUAUUUUUAAAUCCAGAACUCUAUUUUUUUUUACAUAUUUCUAGCAAUACACUUAUUAAAUUUGACUCUUUCAGAAAAUUAUUCACUUCAAAUUUAAGAUCCAAUUCACAUUGAACAUUUUUCAGAAAUUCUGAAAAUUAUUAGAAAUCAAGAUCCAACAUGAUUCUCCGGGUCUAUUUCUAAAUUCACAACAUUUUUAUUCAGUAUUCCAAAAAUAAAAAUAUUUUAUUUUCUUCCUCUUCUUUAAUAAUUCACAUCUUGCUUAUUUCAAAAAAUCCAAUUAUUUUUUGUGGUCAAAUUAAUCUUGACAUAAUUAUGUGUAUCUACAUCGUCGAGAUUGUGUGUUUUCUUGGUUCUCUUGUGCAUUCCCAAAAUAUCAAUAUCUUUCUUCUUUUUUUUUUCUCCACUCAAGGUUUCAGUUAGUUUUGCAAAUAAAUAAAAAAAAAUGCAAGAAAAUUAGUAUCUAGGUAUCUAGUGAUUGAAAACAGGUUUGAUGAUUCAAGAAGACGAAAUAGAGAAGAAUUAAAUGAAAAUGACCGGAGGUCUCGAAAGGAUCAGAAUAGAUUGAAAAAGUAUGAUGAGAGGAAGAGAGGAAAAAGAAAACGAGUGAUUGUUAUUAUUUUUAUUAAUAAUAUAAUAUGAUUGUAUGGAACGAUAUAUCGCCAGAAGAAAAAGAAGACAAGCAAAAAAUGAAGAAGAAGGAAAAGAGAUCGAAUCAAAAAUUCUAUUUAUUGUCUUUUCUCUAAGUCUCUCUAUCUCUGAUUUUCUUCGUCUUCGCUUCGGAAGAUUGUCAUCUGAACAUGAUGAAGAAAGAACACCUUCCUUCGAAGCCCCCUUCUAUUGUUUUUUUUUUUGAAAAAAUUGUUGUUUUUUUCUGACCUGAAAUUUCUGAGUCACCGUUUCUCUAAAAAAUGGGAGGAGGGUUCUACAUAUUUGGAAGAAGUGGAACUGAUUAUAAUUCUUUGAUCUUUUUUCUUGGGAAGAUUUGAUAAGAAUAGUGAAAUAGAGUAGACAAAUUUAUGCUUUGGUUUCAGAGGUUUUUACUCAAAAUGUUCAGAACUUUUUGGACUCAAUCCUAAAUAUUUUUCUCAAAAUCUUACAGUUUUCCAUUGAGCUUGUCGAUUUUUGUCCCAAGGCUGUGUCAAGUUUCAGAUAAUCUGUUAUAUCUACCAAUAUUUUAGAGUUUGAUAGAAUUUGUCAUGUGAGCAGUCGCAUGCUUCAAAAAAUCUUGUAAAUAUUUUAAAAUUAUUUCAUUCCUCUCCAGUGGUGUUUUCUCAUAUAAAAGAACGAUAAAAUCUGAAACUUUAUUUUUCUAUUCAAAAUUUUCUUCGAAACUCAAAAUCUCUUCCACUUCUCAAUUUUCUAUUCAUCUCUGAUGCACCAAAAACGAAAACGAACUCCACUUUUCUUCUUCGUCGUCGGAAUUAAUAAGAUGUUCUCUGAAAUUCCACCGGUGUUCCUCAAAUUUCUCUUCUCUUUCUCUAUAUGUAUCUCUGUUUUUUUUGCAUAUUUAAACAACUGUAAAAGUUUUCCUUUCUUCUUUUUUCCUUCUUCCUAAUGUAGUCACGGUCAUAAAUAAUAUUAAUAAUCAGAUACCAGCAAAAAUUCAUCAGAUACCAGAAACCUACAUAUGAUUUUUUCGGAUGCGGGUUUUGACACAAAAUAAUUUUUGAAACCUUUUUUCUUCUAACCUUGACUACAAUUUCUUUCGUGUUUUUCAUUGAUGUCUGAUGUCUGAACUUGUUUUUCAAUUAUUUUUUUUCAAAAUUCAUUUUUUUUCAUGUCAUCAUGUCAUGUAAAAAAUAAGAUUGGGACACCCAAUUAUUCAUCGCCUCCCUAACAUUUUUUGAAAAAAAAUGGUUUUUCUUCGAAAUAAAAAAAUAAAAUAAGUCAACUUACGUGGCGAAAGAUUUUAUCUCGCUGCCCUUUUUCUCAAUCAGAGAAGAAUUCCUGAAGAAUGAAACUUUUUGAAUUCCUUUCACUUUUUUCCACAAAAACAUAUUUUUUUCAGUUCGAUACUGCAAAGUUGGAAGAAGACAGAGCAAAAAUGUUAUAUGGUGAGUUUUUUUUUGGAAACUGUGGGGUACAAAAAAUGUUUUUUUUGCUCGAAUUUAAAAUCUACCAACUAACACAAUUAUGAUCCCUCCUCCUUUUUUUCUGAAAAUCGAAUUUUGCUGAAACUUUUUUUGCUUUCCGAAAACACUUUAGAGCAAAAAAUGUUUUGUCUCCUACAUCCCACACAAAAAUCUCUUAUCAAAUCGCUGUUGGUGGAUUUUUUUGUUUUAAAAAUUCAGAGAUAAAGUGCAACAUUUUUGAUACCAAAAAUCUGGUUUUUCCCUUCAAAUUGAUUCUUUCGAUACAUUCCCAUGGCAAAACAAAUCAUAAAUUUCGAAAAUAUUAUAGUCAUUGAUGUCAUAAUUUCUUUUUGUUUUGUUAACCAUCAAACUCACUCUUGCAUAAUCUUCGAAUCACCGGUUUGCCCAUUUUUCUUCUCCUCUCUUCUUUUCUCAAAAAAAAAACCGAAUCUGAUUAUCCAAUCCCAUCCACUUCACCAUUACUUACUUACUUUUUUCUUCUAACAACCACCACCAUGACGAGCAAAAAAACACGCGCAAAAUGUUUUUUGAGACCGGAAAUGUUUUAUCGAGUUUGAGGUUUUGAUAUAAACGAUCCUCAAUUAUUUUUUUUGCCUCAUUUUCAAAAAAAAUCUUAUGUCAAUGGAAAACGUUGGUGGUGGGUUACUGUAGUUAUUAUUUAUGAAAUUGAUCAAAAAAUUUAGUGAAGGUUACUGUACUUUUUCAAAAUACGUUUUAGAGUUUGAAAAUGAUUAAAAUUAAUGGAUGCCUAAGUCGGACCACUUAAAUAACAUUGUUCAAAUUUUCUGGUCCAAUUUUUAAGCUUGAUAAAUUGACUUUGAUUCUUUCAGAUGAAGCCUCCCCUUUUUUAUUCUAAAAUUACAUUUCUUAAAUUCAAAUUUACAGAAGAGCCGAUUUCUCUCGAAGAGGCAGCUCUGUCAGCCAACGAAAUAAUGGUUGCACCAAGCCGUAAAUCGUAUGUUCACGGCUGUUCAACCCAUCCACUUCUCUUCGAAACAGUCGGUGAACGAUUGAGAUCGGCUGUAGAUCAAGUACCUGAUAAGGAAUUUCUUAUUUUCCGCAAAGAAGGUAUCCGAAAAACAUAUUCACAAGUUGCUAGAGAUGUAAGAAUUCUGGAAAUUUAUAUUGGUUUUUCAAAUGUGAAAUAAUUUAGGCUGAAGAUCUUUGCCUUGGUCUUCUUCAUUUGGGAAUUUCAAAAGGCGAUCGGGUUGGUAUUUGGGGUCCAAAUACUUAUGAAUGGACAACAACACAAUUUGCAACUGCUCUGGGUGGAAUGGUUCUAGUCAAUAUAAAUCCAUCAUAUCAAUCUGAAGAAUUGAGAUAUGCAAUUGAUAAAGUUGGAAUCAAAGCAUUGAUAACACCACCAGGUUUCAAAAAAUCGAAUUAUUAUCAAAGCAUCAAAGAUAUUCUUCCGGAAGUUACACUUCGAGAACCUGGAAAAUCUGAUAUCAAUUCAAGAAACUUUCCAAUGUUUAAGCAUCUUAUUAUGUUUGAUGAAGAAGAUAAAUUAUAUCCAGGAGCUUGGAGAUAUACAGAUGUUAUGAAAAUGGGAACAGAAGAAGAUCAAUUACUUUUAUCACAAAUUGAAAGAGAAACUCAACCAGAUGAUCCAAUUAAUAUUCAAUAUACAAGUGGAACAACUGGACAACCAAAAGGUGCUACUUUAACUCAUCAUAAUGUUAUGAAUAAUGCUUAUUUUGUUGGUUUGAGAGCUGGAUAUAGUGAGAAAAAAACUAUUAUUUGUAUUCCAAAUCCUCUUUAUCAUUGUUUCGGAUGUGUAAUGGGUGUUUUAGCUGCAUUGACACAUUUACAAACUUGUGUUUUCCCAGCACCAUCUUUUGAUGCGUUGGCAGCUUUACAAUCAGUUCAUGAAGAAAAGUGAGAUUUUUUAUUGACAAAGGUUUUUUGAAAUUUGAGAUUUUUUAGAUGUACUGCGCUUUAUGGAACUCCAACAAUGUUUAUUGAUAUGAUUAAUCACGCAGAAUAUUCAAAUUAUAAUUAUGAUUCAAUUAGAUCUGGUUUCAUCGCAGGAGCACCUUGUCCAAUUACACUUUGUCGUCGUCUUGUUCAAGAAAUGCAUAUGACUGAUAUGCAAGUAUGUUACGGUACAACUGAAACUUCACCAGUUUCAUUUAUGUCAACACGUGAUGAUCCACCAGAACAACGAAUCAAAUCAGUUGGACAUAUUAUGGAUCAUUUAGAAGCUGCAAUUGUUGAUAAAAGAGGUUGUAUUGUACCACGUGGUGUGAAAGGAGAAGUUAUUGUUCGAGGAUAUUCUGUUAUGAGAUGUUAUUGGAAUAGUGAAGAACAAACUAAAAAAGAGAUAACUCAAGAUAGAUGGUAUCAUACUGGAGAUAUUGCAGUCAUGCAUGAUAAUGGAACUAUUUCAAUUGUUGGAAGAUCAAAAGAUAUGAUUGUCAGAGGUGGAGAAAAUAUUUAUCCAACUGAAGUUGAACAAUUUCUCUUCAAGCAUUCUUCUGUUGAAGAUGUUCAUGUUAGUUGAAUUUUUCACUAUUAAUAAGUUUGGGACUAAUUCAAUUAUCAUUAUAGAUUGUUGGAGUACCAGAUGAACGAUUUGGUGAAGUAGUUUGUGCUUGGAUUCGAUUACACGAAUCUUGCGAAGGAAAAACUACUGAAGAUGAUAUUAAGGCCUGGUGCAAAGGAAAAAUUGCGCACUUCAAAAUUCCUCGUUAUAUUCUCUUCAAAAAAGAACACGAAUUUCCGCUUACCGUAACCGGAAAAGUCAAGAAAUUCGAGAUUCGUGAACAAUCCAAAAUUGAGCUUGGACUUCAACAAGUCGUUUCGCAUUUUUCCGAACUCUAA